AUGCCGCUGGAGGACCGUCCGCCCACCGUUAGCCGCACGGUGCCCUACCGACGGCCCGAGUACCUCUCGCGCAGAAAGAAGGAGAUGGAAUGCCCGACUUCUGCCCAGGCCGUCGCUCCUGUGCUCCCAGGCAUGCCCUAUCGCAACGCCGUGGGCGUGCAGCUCCUUUCGCGACCGCUCCAUGCGCAGCUGUUCCCACCUGGGACGUCCGACCAGGUCCCGCCCAUCCACCCCAAUGCUCUGUCUCUCUGUCAGCACCAUCUGAGCUCCCAUGGCCUGAAGCCAGAGCAGGCUUCGACGCUGCCCGAGACGUCGUUUGACCUUCCGCCGCUGCAGGGAAAGGAUCUCGGCGAGCAUUUUUGGAACAUCGGAAGGGAGGCGGCGCAGCCGUGGCUGGGAAUGGCCCACGAGUUCGCAAGCCAAGACGUGCCGUCGACCAUGCCAGACGGUGUCUCUGGCGACGCGACCUCGACGGAAGACGAAGAUGGUCUACUGUGCGCAAAAGACUGGCUCUCGCUGGACGUGGGCAUGCGCAAAGAAAUGACGCCGAGACCGCCCAAGUGGCAAAGGAAGUCUGGCUGGACGCGUUAUCCGGUCCUGAGGUCGAGCGACGGGCAUGGGUGUGCGGCCUUGGGCGAGGGCGAGGCAGUCGAGUACCCCCUCGUUGAGGACGGAGCGCUGGUGUUUGACGUAGAGACAAUGGUGACCGAGAGUCAAUUUGCCGUCAUGGCCACAGCGGCAAGCCCCAAUGCCUGGUAUGCCUGGCUGAGCCCGUGGCUCCUCGGUGAGACGACGGACAAGGCGCAGCUCAUCCCGUUUGGGCCCAGCGGGGAUCAAAAUAUGCCCGCGCGCCUUGUCAUCGGACACAAUGUCAGCUAUGAUCGAGGAAGGGUGCGUGACGAGUACUCGCUCAAGAGGGGCAACACGCGCUGGCUCGACACCAUGUCCCUGCACGUCGCCACCAGGGGCAUUUCGAGCCCACAGCGGGGCGCUUGGAUAAAGCACAGCAAGACGAGGGCGCUGGAGAAGAUGCUCGACGAGGAUGGCAUCGAGGAGAGGAAAAAGGCCGUCAUUGCCUCCAUUCUCGGCGGUCAAGACGUCGACGAAGAUACGAUUGCCGCGCUCGACCUCGAGGACCUCAUCGGCGUGGACAGAAACGAGGACCAGGGCAACGACCUUGCCAGCAUCGACGCAAUCCUGGACAGCAGCAACGGCUCGGCCAGGAGCGACGCCACGUCCCGUGCGGCAGCUUCGACGCUGUGGCAGGACAUCACGUCAAAAAACUCGCUCGCAGAUGUAGCCAAGCUGCACUGCGACAUCACUGUCUCCAAAGACGUGCGAAAUGUCUUCAUCGAUGGGACAAGCCGGGAAGAGAUUCUCUCGAUGCUCGAUGAGCUGCUGCACUACUGCGCCACCGACGUCGCCGUGACACACAAGGUCUUUCAAAAGGUCUGGCCUGCUUUCGUCGCCAAUUGCCCGCAUCCAGCCACCGUCGCAGGCGUUCUCGGAUUGGGCAGCGCGAUCCUGCCAGUCGAUGAUGAGUGGAUCGAUUACCAGAGGCGAAGCAACGAGACAUUCGAAGCUGCCCACGGCGAAGUGCGAAAGAAUCUCGUCAAGCUAGCAGAGGAGCUUCGGAGUCGGGGGACAGAGGGUGUAUCGUGGGAUCAGGCCAUGGCAUGGUCGACGGCAAAGGCCAAAGCGCUUGAGGAAGACCAGGAUGAGGAGCAAGAGACGAGCAAGAUGUGGUGGGACGAGGAUGCUUGGACCAGCCAGCUCGAUUGGACGCCAAAGAAGCCAAAGAAGAUCCGGCUCGCCAGCACGGAGAAUGAGGACGACAGCCUCAAGGUUCCCAUGUGGUACCGUGACAAGGUCCUGAAGAGCCCUGCGGGCCUGGGCACCACCAUGGCAGCGACCCCUGCCGUGCUCCGCCUUCACCUUGAUGGCAAGCCAAUCAUCAAAGGCGACGAUGGCAAGUGGAAGGCAAAGGGACAGACGCCAGACCAGGACGAGGUGGUUGGUGGGUCGCCCCUGCGACAAGCCUUUCUCAAAAAAGGUCGCGGGCUUGCCGUCAAGUCUCAUCUUGACGGGAAUGCUGGCGAGGAGGCCUUGUCUGCAAUCAGAGGUGGGUCUUUAGACAAGGCCGAAGUGCGCCUCUUGCUGAGCAAGGCCGCCGAGGACCUCAUCGCAUGGGCGAAGGCAAACGGCAAGGCGGUAGAGGAAGAUGCUCAGCUCACAACACUCGACUGGCAAAAGGUGGAGGCGGACACGGGUCCGGCAUCGACAGGCGACAGUGAUCCUACCGCUGAACGAGAGUGGUGGCCCAAGUGGUAUUGGGAUCUGAUCAAGCCUGGCACGGGUGAGGUCGAGCUCACGAUCCGGUCAAAGGUGGCCCCCACGCUCCUCAAAGUCAGCUGGGAGGGCUGUCCGCUCUACCAUAGUCGUGAACACGGCUGGGUCUUCCUACACGAUAUCAAGGCGAUGCCGGACUUUACGACUCGGCAGAAGCCUCUCAAGUUUAAGCACGAAGCAGAUGAAUCGUUCAAGAGCCUUUCCAAAGAACAAGGCCUGCUCUUCUACAAGGUCCCCCACGUUGCCGGCGACAACUCCAAUGUCGGCAGUCCCUUCAGCAAGGGUUUUGUCCCCUUUUUCGAAAAAGAGACGCUGAAAAGCGAGCUUUCGAGCGAAGCGGCAAAGAGUGCAGCAAAGGCAGCUCUCGAGAUGAAUUCGCAGUGCAGCUACUGGAUCGGGGUGCGAGAUCGCGUUGAGAAGCAAAUGGUCGUCUGGGACGGCCAGGGUGGCUCCAGUAUGCUCUAUCCUCAGGGUGCUAGCGGAGCGAGGCCGGAGGAUGCUCAUCGAAAAAAGGGCAUGAUCCUGCCGCAGGUUGUGCCCAUGGGCACCGUAACGCGCCGUGCGAUUGAGAAGACGUGGCUGACAGCCUCCAAUGCAAAGGCGAAUCGCGUUGGCUCGGAGCUCAAGGCUAUGGUCAAGGCGCCUCCGGGCUGGUCCAUCGUGGGAGCAGACGUAGACAGCGAGGAACUGUGGAUCUGCAGCGUCAUGGGUGACGCCCAAUUUGGCAUCCACGGCGCCACGGCCGUCGGCUGGAUGACGCUCGAAGGGACAAAGGCCCUCGGCACAGAUCUCCAUAGCAAGACGGCGAACAUUCUCGGCACGGGCCGAAAUCAAGCCAAGGUCUUCAACUAUUCGAGAAUCUACGGCGCCGGUAUCCGACACUCUUCGCAACUGUUGCUCAAGGCUUCGCCCUCGAUGAGCAACGAAGAAGCGACGCGCAAGGCAAAGGAGCUGUAUGCGACUACAAAAGGCACAAACACCUACACCGACGACUUCUUUGGCAGGCGCUUCUGGUACGGUGGAACCGAGAGCUAUGUCUUCAACAAGUUGGAAGAGGUCGCGCUGAGCGCCCACCCAACGACGCCGGCGCUGGACUGCGGUGUAACGGCAGCCUUGUCGAGAAAAUACCUUCCAAAAGUGGCAAAAUUUGGGCGGAUGAGCGAAGACUACAUGCCAAGCCGGGUCAACUGGGUGGUGCAGUCGAGUGGUGUUGACUAUCUUCACCUCCUCAUCGCUUCGAUGGAGCACCUCUGCCGCAGUUACGACAUCGAUGCUCGUUUCAUGAUCAGUGUCCACGACGAAGUGCGAUACCUGGCCCGCGACGAGGACGCCCAUCGAGCCGCUCUGGCACUACAGGUGGCCAACCUCUGGACGAGAGCCAUGUUCGCAUUCAAGCUGCAGAUGGACGACCUACCCCAAGGCUGCGCCUUUUUCGCCCAGGUCGACGUCGAUAAAGUGCUGCGCAAAGAGGCGGACGAUCCCUGCGUCACGCCAAGCCAGCCCGUGCCAAUUCCGCCAGGCCAAGCGUACGAGAUUGAACAGACGCUCAAGCUGACCAACGGAGGCUCACUCUUUGCCGACGGCCGAGCGAUGAAGUCUGCUCCCCUUGACUCACCUGCUGCCGUGCCUGUCGCUGGAGCAUCGAUCGACAUUAACCAGCCUGGAUAUGUCCCUUCGAAGCAGUUGCAUCGAUCGACGGGCGAGCGAGGACUCCGUUUCCUCCAGGCACAAACGGCCACAGAAGUUGGUGAGAUUGCUGCGCUCGAGCAGCGCGCCAAGAUGGCCGAGGAGCGGGUGGAGCGAGAGAAGGCUACGGCGGCAAAGCGGCAGACAAAGACACCGCCAACGCAAGCAGCCCCAGCCGCAUCAGCGAUGGCUCCUAAAAAGCCCUUGCGGGCCGCUGCUCGCAGCUUGCACACCUCGAGUGCCGCUAGGCCAACCGAAGAUCACGACGCGAUCCGGUCGCUCGUCAAGGCCUUUCCUGUUCGCAGAUUCAAGACGCGAAAGCCCUUCUUCAAGCUGGACUCGCACCGGAGCGAAGUCCUCAUGCUUUACCGAAGGCUGAUGAAGGCAUGUCCCAAGCUGGGCCUGCCAAAGACACGCGCAACGAUCAGAGGCGUUGCCAGAGCCAAGAAGAAGCUGACGAGCCCCAGACAAACCGAUGAAGUGCUUCAAAGGGCGAGAGGAAUGAUCGAUAGGUUUGAGAGGGCGAAGCGAGGAGACGAGGAGGCGACGAGAGAAAUGCGCGAGAUGGAGGAGGAGCUGGUCGAGAAGGAUCGUGUCCGAAGGUGGGAGCUCGUUUACGACCGUUACCUCCGCUCGGUCAAGGAAGAGGCGCGUGGCGAGCCUCGACGUUCAGGCGCUCUUCUUGCGCCCAGCUUCUACACGGUCGGCAUGCACCGGUACAAGCCCUUUCAACCGGAGAGCGUCACAAUGAUCAUCAAGCGCCGUCGGCUCGCUCGGUGGGCACGCUACGGCCGAUCGCUGGACCUCGAUGAGCGAGCGAGGAUGAUAAAAGAGGAGGUGCAGAUCUGGAAUGCUCUCCGCUCGCAACAGCAAGAGAAGGCACCUCGUGCUCGAAAGGCGAGAGGAGAGGAGGAGGAGAAUCUCUUGAGAGGGUGGAAUGAGCCUUUUGCGGACGAAAUGAGGGAAAUGAGAGCAGCGUACGACCGAGAAGAGGCGAGGAGCAAGAGCCAGAUGUCAAUCCAGGUGCUGAGGGAAGCAAAAGAGGCUAGGAGGGCCAAGCAUAGAGCUCGGCUCAGGAACAAGAUGAGAAGAGAGAGGGAAAAGGAGAAAGCGGAAUUGGACGCAAAGCCAGAGAGCUAA